AUGAAUAAUACGGAAUUGUCCAAUAACGCCUCAAAUAUUUCGUCGUCGUCCCCCGCGUGGACAUUAGGUCCAACAAGUACCGCAAUUAUCACACCACUGGCGAUCAUUCUUAACGGUUACGUGUUAUUUAUAUUCCUCACCAACAAAUCUCUGCACAUUCCCUUCAACGUGUACCUCGGGAGUUUGUUAUUCGCCAAUCUGGUUUAUUCCAUCCUCUGCAAUCCGCUGGACGUGAUCAGCGCCCUCUACCCAACCUGGCCAUUGAGCUUCGCCGGCUGCAAUGUAUACAUCUACGCGUUGCUGAUCCUCGGGGCGGUGACCAUUAACUCGCACGCCCUCAUCACUGUCAACAGGCUGUGGGCCGUGACCUUUCCGGUCUCCUACCGCAAUCACCACAGCCUACGCGCCGCCUUUGCCACCGUCGUCGCUCUCUGGAUAUACGUGCACGUGAUCUGUUUACCGGGCGUUAUUCGCGAUUCCCUGUACUUUCGGGCACCGCUUUCUGACAACCCGUGUCUGGUUAACGUAGCGGCGCAGUUCGAAUGGAAUCUGAUGAUGCAGUUUGUGGCCUAUGAUUUGCCCAUCGUUUUCGUCAUUGUCGCCUAUCCGUAUCUUCUAAUUAAACACAAACUCAAACGCCGGGUAAAAUUCAUCGUCGCGGUGCCGUUAGGCAUUAACGCGACAAAGCCGCGUCGCGCUUGGCCGACUCAUUCGAACUCUGCGCAGAAUCGGUCAACGGGGUCGUCGGGCUUGCGGAAGAAAGCCUUGUCGGAUGAUCAGCGACGCGCGUUUUUUAUAACGACGCUGUUAACCGUCAGUUUAUGUGUGUGUUGGGUGCCGAAUGUCGCUUUCUUUACCGUGGCCAGUUUCAUGCAGGUGGAUGAGCCGGUCUUAUACGGAGUAUUAUCGUUUUUGUUCAAUCUGCAAUCCCUCCUGGAUCCGCUGUUCUUUGCAUUCGUCUUUAAAGGGCUACGCGAAGCAUUACUAGCGCCGCUGCCGAAGUGUUCUGGAUUCGUCCUUAAAUAA